GUCCCCAGUCAUGUACGCUGGCUAUAAAUACUGAGGGUUUUUGCUCAGCCGCUUGUCUGGCCAGCAUCUGUCAGCCUGUUUCCUGCCUGACUGCCUUGCUCCCAGACCCGCCAUGGCGCAUCCCCUGGAGCAGGCGCUGCACGUGAUUGUCUCCACCUUCCACAAGUACUCGGGGAAGGAAGGCGACAAGUUGAAGCUCAACAAGGCCGAGCUCAAGGACCUGAUGCUGAAGGAGCUCCCCAGCUUCAUUAGUAAGAAGACUGAUGACGCCAGCUUCCAGAAGAUGCUGAGCAACCUGGAUAGCAACCGUGACAACGAGGUGGACUUCCAGGAGUAUGCCACCUUCCUGGCCUGCGCCGCCAUGAUGUGCAACGACAUCUUUGAGGGUUGCCCCGACAAGAUGCCGCGGAGGAAGUGAUGGUCCUGGGCCUGGGCUGUCCUGCGUGGGCCCCUCCUGGGACCCCCACUGCAUUGCCCACAAGUGCCUUGAGAGCCCGUCGAGAGCCCGUGCAAUAAAGUCACUUCCAGAGA